AUGUCUAGGUGCUUUCAAUUCCCGCCUCCAGAGUGCAGAGUGAAAGAAACCUGGAGAGAGGCCUUGAUCGAAAAGAUUAAGAUCCAAAAACAGAGGGAGAAGGCCAUGGAAGAAAAGAGGACGAGAAGGGAGGAGAAACAAAAAAGGAGAGAGAAGAAAGAGAAGACAAAUCAGCUUUUGGAGAGGUCUUGCAAUAUUGAGAAGGUUUGGGUGGACACUAAAGACGGGCAUCUUUAUAAGGAGAGGAAAGAUGGGAGCAGUCUUACUGAAGAGUGUGGGCUGCCUACCUUCUUGCUUAUUCCCACCCCUUCCUCUGAAACUGAAAGCACAGAGAAUAGCAGCAAGAGGAAAAGGAAUUCUAGACAUGGCGACACUAUUGUGCUACAAUUGGCAGUGAAAAAGCAGAAACGUGACACUUUAUACAAUGAAGAAAGGACAGAUAUUCUGCCCCAAUUUAAAGAUGCAAAGUUUUGCACCAUUUCAGAGGGAAUCGGCAACAAUGGUCAAGGGUUCCCCCAAACUGAUGAAGCAAUCAAAUGUUCGAUUUCUGAGCAGACUGAGGCUACGGCUCAAGGCAAAAGUGGAAUUCAAUCUUCGAAUGCUGCAUAUAAAAAUCUAUUUCAGAAUUGGGAUCCACUAUCACUGCUGGCUGUUCAGCUCGAUCCAGACGAAGACUGGCUCUUCAGGGGGAAGGGUCAAAAUAUACAUUCAGACAAAAGGCUCAAAUCCUGUAGUAAUAGUAUCUCCAUUCCAUGCAGUUCUACUUUGUGGCCACACUCGCAGUUCUUGCCUGAAGCUGAUAUCUAUGCAUUGCCUUUUACUGUUCCACUUUGA